AUGAAAUUUUCUUUGGCUAUUAUCUUUUCCUUGGCUGCUGCCGUUGUUUCUGCUGCACCAGUGGCACCCGAAUCCUCUUCAGACUUCCAGAUCCCUGAGGAAGCCAUCAUCUCUUCUCAAGCUCUUGGAGACGACCAACUUCCUUUGUUAUUGGGUGAAGGAAAUGCCACCUACUUUGUACUCGUCAAUGGUACUACUUUGGCCGAAGCUUACGGAAUUACCAAAAGAGAUGCCGAAGCCUUUGAUGCUACCUACUUGGGAAGCUCUGUGGCCAAAAGAGAGGCCAACGCUGAUGCAUGGGGCUGGAUCCACUUUCUCAACACUGACGUAAUUGGAAAGAGAGAUGCUGAACCUAAAUGGAAAUGGAUCCAUUUCCGUAACACCGACGUCAUUGGUAAAAGAGACGCCAGUCCCAAGUGGAAAUGGAUCAAGUUUAGAAAUACAGAUGUCAUUGGCAAAAGAGAUGCAGAGGCCGAUGCCUCUCCUAAAUGGAAAUGGAUCAAGUUCAGAAAUACCGACGUCAUUGGCAAGAGAGAUGCCGAAGCCGAUGCUGCGCCCAAGUGGAAAUGGAUCAAAUUUAGAAACACCGAUGUCAUUGGAAAGAGAGAUGCAAACGCUGCUCCUAAAUGGAGAUGGAUCAACUUCCGCAACACCGAUGUUAUCGGAAAGAGAGAAGCCCAAGAGUAG